AUGGCGAUGAGGAGGUUCUAUAACGAGAUUAAGGGGCUGAAGGUGAAGGAGGUCCCUGACCACGUGAAGCCGAUGCUCUCCCUCGAUUUCGUGAAGAAAUCUGUGCAGAAAGGAUUGGACAAUUACCACGCCAAGUACAUCCAGACCAGCUCCAUCGACCCGCUAUACCACGUCUGCUUCGGCGGGAUGAUCUUCUCUUAUCUUGUCGCCCUCCCGGAAGAGCGCCGCCAUUUGGAGCACCAGCAGCAUGCCAAAGAGCACGGCGGUCACUGA